AUGGAAUUUGCUGAUGGCGGUUCGCUUGGAAACUAUUUGAAGAAUAAUUUUGAUAAUCUUACUUGGGAAGAUAAAUACAAGUUUGCAUACCAGUUGGCUUAUGCUGUGUCGUAUUUACAUGAAGAAGGAAUCGUGCAUCAUGAUUUG